GCAACACACACGAAAUUUAUCGUUUAAUUUGUUGUUUGGUGUAUAAAUCUUCAGUUAAAUUUAUUUUUACUUUUUUAUUUAAACACUGUUAAGUUUUCACCCGAAGAGCAAAGAAAUUCAGAGUAUAUAGAUGAUACAGGAACUGUCUUUUGUUACACUAUUGGUUAGCCGGGAAAAAUCACAGUCGGACGAAAACAAUGUCAAAAAGCGUGAUAGCUACGUAGUUGCCUAUGGUAUUUCAAUUUUCGUUUAUUUCGCCACAUGUAACGCUGUGGGGUCUACACCGAAAUUGUAUCGUACACAUUUAACACAAUAUCAGUCCUGUUUUCUAUUUAACAGGUCGUUACAACAAAUGCCAUGAUGGACCCGCUGUCAAAGAGAGAGGUGCAGGAAGACGUGGUUCAGUACCAACUUUUCUUGACUCGGCUUGACAGCCCCAGUUCACAAGCCACUGAGGAACAUCUGACACAUCUGAUAGAGACGAUUCUAGCCAGGUUUGCCCCAUUGCUCAUGCAGCACAUCUGGCAGCAUCAGCCAUUCAACCUGAAGUACCAGCCUGAGAAAGGAGGUGUUCCUGCUCACAUCCAGGGCAGCACUCAGUUUGGAGACAACGUGGAGGACGAGUGGUUCAUCGUUUACCUCCUCCAACAAAUCACAGAGGCCUUCCCUGAGCUAGCGGCCAGUGUCAAGGAUAACGAUGGGGAGUUUCUUCUGAUUGAGGUGGCAGACUACCUUCCCAAGUGGCUGAACCCAGACACCAGUGAGAACAGGGUGUUCCUCCACAGGGGCGAUUUGCAUAUCCUGCCCUGCCCGUCCCGUUCCAGUGCAGUGGGCUUCCACAAGAACGAAGUACCCAGUGUGGCGCAGGCUCUUGCCCUUCUCUCCUCACACACACAGGCUUGUCGGGCAAGUCCCAAGAUUUGUUCAGCUCUGAGGAAGCGGCUAGAGGGGUAUCCAGAGAAGAUUACAGCCAGCCUCCACCGUGCCCACUGCUUUUUACCUGCGGGCAUUGGCAUGGUGUUAUCGCAGCGACCAGACCUGGUUGCGCCAGCAGUUUCAGCGUUCUACCUGCGGGAUCCAGUGGAUCUCCAGGCCUGUCGAAGCUUCAAGACUUUUCCUCCUGAUACACGAGUCCUCACCUUGGUGACAUUCACCCGUUGCCUGUAUGCCCAGCUACAGCAGCAACAGUUUGUCCCAGACAGGAAGAGUGGCUUCACCCUGCCCGCCCGCUCUCACCCACAGUACAGAGCCUACGAGCUGGGCAUGAAACUGGCCCAUGGUUUUGAGAUCCUUUGUUCAAAGUGCAGGCAGCCAUCUUCAGAGCCUGAUGCUCCAGUCACCUGUAACCCUCAGUGGAAAGGCUUCCUAGAGAGCCUAAAAAGGAACGACUAUUUCCGGGGAGAGCUGGAAGGCUCAGUUCGGUAUAGAGAACUGAAGACAUCAGCAGAAAACUUCUUCAAACAGUUUGUCUCCUCAACAUCGAGUUCCAGUGGUAAGUCCCCAGGUGAGGAGAUUCUUCAGCUGCUGCAGAGUUGUCCUCCCUUCAAUUUGGAGGAACUGAAGAGACAGGAGGCACAGCUCCCCCAGGAGGACAGCGACAGCUGGCUGGAUAUUACAGCGCAGGAUUUGGAGCAUAUGUUACAAGAGAGAAGCAGAGGCAGCAUUGGUGUUGGCAACCAAAAGCCCACUUCCUCUAAACAAACACAGCAUGUCAGGGGUGCAGAGGAAAGAAAGGAGAAGGAUGAAGACAAGGUCGAGGAGGAAGAGGAGGCCAGUUACAGCCUAGUAGCAGUCACCAAGGGAAUGAAGAACUUCCUCAAUGCCAUGUCGUCCCACGAGGGUGCUGAGCUGCCCUGGGCCAGUUCAAAUCAGCCUUUCAGUUUUGACCCAGAAUCCAUGGCCAGUGCACUGGACAGACUGCUGGGAAGCAAGGAAGAAGAGCUAGAUUCUGAUGAUCUAGACGACGACGACGAUGAUGAUGGUGAUGAUGAGGAGGAGGAGGAAGAAGAGGGUUCCUCUAGUCCUCAUGGGGAGAAGGGGGCAGAAAGUCUGGAAAGUCUCAGAAGAUACAUGGACCAAAUGGACCAGGAGUUGAUGGGCACUAAUGUAGGACAAAGCUUUACACAGAGGCAGAAGACGCAUGAUGAGGCAGGCCAUGCCAAUGGCUCACCACAUCCUGCUGCCCGAGGGGGUUUGUCAAGGGAAGAAGGGGAGGAGGAGGCAGAGGAGGAGAUCCAGCCCCUGGAUGUGGAUCUGAACCUGGUCACCAACCUGCUGGAGUCCCUCAGCUCCCAGGCCGGGCUGGCCGGUCCAGCCUCCAACCUGCUGCAGAGCCUGGGCAUCCACCUGCCACCCAACACCGAUCACUCAUAAUGAACAAGCAUGGGGAAAUAACUAAGCCAACAGCCAGUGUUUACCAGGCUCCUGUGCUUUAUCAGAGGUAAUAAAUAAACACCAGGCCAGGCCCAGAAUCUGCAGUUUAUAAAGCUGAAUGGCUUUAUUAGUUUGAUAAGUCUACCUGUAUUGUCAAAGCACCCACUGAUGUUGACACCAAUUAAUAUUAAACAUACACAAAUAAAAUUAAGUUUACAUGUGUACAAUACAAACAUAUUUUAACAGAGUAAGAUUAAUCACAUAUAAUUAACCACAAAAGCAACCCCUCUCAAGGAUUACAGGGUGUUUGUAUUCAAUGUACUCUUAGUCCACAAGUUGUGACAUAAAUAUACAUUUGUAGCGAUAACAAUCCGGCUGGCUCCUCUCACCAAAUACAGUUGUCAUCUUCUCUCAGUCCAUUGAGGUUUGGAAUUCAUUGACUGUCACUAAAAUAUGGGAAAUACACAUCUCUGAUGCCGAGAUGUUUAGAAUAGUGUCAGAGGGAAUGCAUUUCAUUUCUUCUGGUGAGAAUCUGGUGAGAAGGUAAAAAUCUGUUUUCUCUGGCAGAUUGUGAUGCUGUAAUACUAGAACAGGAUAAGGCAGCAAUGACUUAAAUUUUCUAACAGUGGCCUGGCCGUAGCGCAGCACAACUAGCCUGACUUGCAGAACCUUGUGUCUCUGUUUGAAAUCAUGAUAAUGAUACAGUGAAAGAAACAAAAUACAUUCAUGCAUCAGCAUUUCUGUGAUGUUUACAUUACAUGUUUUAAUUUACAGUUUGUGUAAUAUCAUUAUUGGAGAGUCAGUUUUGUAGUGUUGAAAUGACUUGGAACAAGAUAAAUUGUAUUGGGAAAUAAAGCGAUAUUUUCUAUAAAUGUUUAACUGUCUGCUGUGUUUGGUGCAGUA